GUGAGUGGGCUUGGCCUACAUAUUGCUCCUAGGCAACUCUCUUCCUCGUCACUCCUCGUCGACCUCAUCGUCAGUGCAGGAAAGGAGGCCAGGGCCGUUUUCUCACCGUCAUCUGCUCGCAUAAUAUGAGGCUAGUUUGGUCACGUAUCGUGUGAUCGCCCCAUGUCGAUGCAGGCCUCGUCGUCCUCCCCGCUCUCAGGCUUUCACGUUGCCGCCACCCGUCCUCGCACGCCUCUCAUGACCCUUUAAUGACCUCUAUGGUAGUCUGAGCAGCACUCAACCCCAUCUGACGCGUCACGGCUUCGCCCGCAAUGUCGAUGACCACGCCUAUGACGAUGUCUAUGCCUAUGUCCACGCUAACCACCACGAGCUACCCGAGUGCAUCUAUUUACCCCACCACUACCUCUUCAAGUGUCAACAACACUGCCACUGACGAUGGCGACAGCGAUAUGCCUGAGGGCAACCUUCCCUUCGUCUUUCUCCUCACCUUCGUCGGGGUGUUCCUUUUCUUCCUCGCGUGCGGCCUCGGAUCACGUCGUCUCUCAACUGAAAUACGGCGAAAUCUCGGUCUUUCUACUGGAGGGCAGAAUCUCUCGCAAACUCCUGUAAUAUGGGACGUUGUUCCCAGCAUGAAGACUGCACAGGAGGAAAAGUACAGAUGGUCGGACUUGGUGCCUCUCUCCGCGACGUACGUUCGUGAGCCCACGAAGCCUCCAUUAUUAGCAGGCACCACUACUGGCGAAGCUACCCUCAACGUCCGACCGAACAAUCGUUUGGUCGAUUACCUCCCUUCCGUUUCUCUAUAUCUGGCAUACCGUGAUAUACGGCGCGCUCGAGCCCUUGAGCCUGCCACUUCUCCAGAUUCGCAGUGCGUCAGGCCUCGCUCGCCUCCCAUCCGCGCGCUGCAAGUCUCCGCAUUGGUCGCAAUGCCCUCAUCGCAUCGAUCAUGCGCUUCUUCAGUGCGUCGGAGCAUUCACUCGGAAUCCACAAGCAGUGUAAAAGGCACGAUUUUGCCUCAGCUGACAUACAAUUCCGGCGCACCACUCGCGAGAUACAGCACGGAUCAGCAGAAAGACGGAGGCAAAGAGAGCAUUAUGCAGAUCGAGCAUCCUACGCCUGCCACUUCGCUGGACUCCGACCCUAUCCUUGGAGAGUACGCUAUUGGAGUUGCUCAGGUGCCUUGGCAUGUGGAAGACGACUGGCACGCCGAAGACGACGGGCAUGCGGAGGUCUACAGGCGCGAUAUGCCCUGAUCGUUCUUGAUGGCUUCCUUAAUGACGCUGCAUCAUGUGCUUCUCGCAAGCGGUUCACGACCCUGGUACGAUCACAUACAGGACAAUGUCCGCUGUCGUUGAAUUUUAGACUGUAUUGUACGAGUGACCCCGUGUAUUGCUUCACGCUGAUCUGUGGGACUAAUAGGUUCUAUGUAUCAAUUGUGUACAAUUAUUUGCUCGUUCUGAACUUGCUGCGCACGACUUCUCCG